AUGAAGGGCCAGCCUAUCACGAAUCGAAACAGCACGAUGCGAAGAUUUGGAUCCCUGAUUGAUCGGCAGUGGUCCGACAGUCUUCCGAUUGGCGUCUUUCUCAUCUCCCACCCCAAUGGCCCUAUUCUAUUCGACACGGGCGAGUCACCCCACGUCAACGACCCUGGAUUCAAGCCUUUCUGGAGUCCUAUUGGCAUGUUCAGCACAACGGACAUUGGGCCAGAAGACGGAAUCGUGCAGCAGCUCAAGGCUAAUGGGGUUGAACCCAAAGACCUGCAGGCGAUUGUGCUGAGCCUGGGCUGUUGGAUCUGGUCACUGAGGCGCCAAACGUCCUUGUAUAUGUGAGUCAAGAUCACUGGGAAGCGUUCGGCAAUAGUCCAGUCUUUGCGACCAUGCAAGGCUGUAAUCCAAGAAGAUGGCCAGACCCAUUCGAGCCUCGAACUCUCGACUUCUCCGAUGGCCCUGUAGGACCAUGGAAGCAGUCGGCCAAGAUCUCACCAGACGGGCGUAUUGUUGCUAUCCCCUCGCCGGGCCACGUCCCCGGGCACAUGUCUCUGAUUGUUUAUGGACCCAGUUCUGACGGAGUUGAGACGACGUAUCUCCUUCCUGGAGACGUCGCAUACGGCAUUGACGUGCUUGACAAGGAGGAGCCGGAUGGGAUCAACGGCGAUCCCAUCGGCGCGCUAGAGAACUUGAAAUUGCUCAAGGAAUUUGCGAAGAAGACGGAAGUUGUAGUGCUGCCAAGUCAUGACCCUGACACGCCCCAGUUGCUUAAGGAUCGUGUCAUCUACAAACUGAAAUCCGUUUAA